AUGCGGGGUCGAAUUUUGGGGCUGAAGGUAUCUCCGCAUCCGUGUCCGUUUGAAAGCGUGCAGACGCCUCACCUCAGUCAGGAUUUUCGAUCAGGAGUUCGGGAUCAUGACCGAAUUCGUCAAAAGUCACAAAUGAAACGAAGAUCUCGUUUUAAACGGGCAUAUUUACGAACGCGAUUCACUUGGAAGCAAUUGGACCAUACCAAAGGAGAUGCAUCGAGGUCAAGUCGGAAUGCAAGGGAAUCAGUGCAGGCCGCAAGAAGCAUGAUCAUCCAGUUCGUCCUACGCAAGUUGGAGUCAAACGCAUGCUUCACGAAGUCAAAGAGCAUGUGGCCCCUCAAGUGGAAGAUCCACAUGCCAUCGUCGCAACUUGUCAUGGAGACAUCUUCCUUCUGUCUCCGCCGUGAAGAUGCAAGACCAACGCAGUCUAAUCAGCCCGCAGCGCUAAAGCCGGCUGAAAUCAAUGGCGAGGAGUGCGAGACACCAGAGCCCAACAUCAGACCAGGGAAAUGUAUCGGCAUCAGAGAUUGUGCGGAACUCCUCUCUCUCCUCGGUGGACCGAAUCGGAAUGUCGAAUACGUGAAGCAGUCUGUCUGUUCCGUAACGAUCGAUGGGGACUUCGGUGUCUGCUGCCCAGUGGCGAUGCCUCCUCCUCCCCCGAAAGAAGAAACUUUCAAUAAAAUGAAGUUGUUCCCGGAUCCUCUCCAGCAUGAAUGCGGGUAUAACGGAAGAUGGGAAAUGUAUAGGGGAGAUGCUCCACUCGGGAAAUGGAACUGGAUGGCUCUGCUUUUCUAUCGAAUUCCUGGGGGAGGAGUGAAGCCAGGUUGUGGAGGAGCGGUGAUCAACAAACGAUACGUAAUCACGGCUGCCCAAUGUUUCAGUCCUGGAUAUUUUGGCGACGCCAAACUCACGUUUGUGAGGCUGGGAGAGCACAAACUGUCGACUAAUCCAGAUUGCAGUGGGCGAAAGAAACGAACGUGUCAACCUCCGGUCAUCGAUGCAGAUGUGGAAGAGGUCAUCUACCAUCCCAACUUCACUCAGAAGAGGAGCGAAGAGGGGGCCAAGUUUGACAUUGCCCUCAUCCGACUCGCCAACGACAUCGAUUUAAGAGCCGGAUAUUCUGAUGCAGGACAGAAUGUCGGAUCACAUUCAGAAGCUCCUGGUGUGCCGAAGAAAAAUGUGCGGAAGGAAGAUAUCACAGUUUCCUUACCGAGACCGAACAAUGGAAGUGACGUCUUACAACAGCUGAAGGUGCCGAUCGCCCCGUUGACGAAAUGUGCCGCCACUCCAAUUUACAAGAAUGUGGAAUUAUCAGAGGAACAAGUCUGUGCCGGAGGAGAGCCUAAUAGUGGCCCUUGCAAGGGAGAGCAAGGGGGGCCGUUGGUUGUUUCGAGACCUCCAGAAAUUUUUGCUCAGUAUUUUCUCAUCGGUGUUUUCUCCUUCGGUACUCCAUAUUGCGGGCUUCUUGCUGCUCCUAGUGUAUACACUCGGGUCACUCAUUAUCUCGACUGGAUCCUCCAGCACGUCCGGGAAUGACCUACCGCAUCGUUCUCUGCCUCAUAUAUCUAUUAACAUCCGAAAUGCUUAACUUUUGAAAACUCACUUGAAUGAAGCAGAACCACGGCCUAGCAUGUGGAUUUCAAUGAAUGAUAUGAAAAUUAUUUAGAAAAUAAAGACAAUCACAG